AUGGUGAAGGCUAGCGAACUUGUGAAAUGGUCCUUAGUAUUUGAAAAUAGUGACAGCGCGGCGCUUAUGAGAAUUGAGUUCCUAGUUGUGGCUAUUGCAGCUAUCUUCCUCCUGAUGUCAUUCUUGGACAUGUACCGUCGUCAGUGCCGCCACUCCGCCAUCAAGUACCUCUUACUUGUCCUCGACGCCAUAAGUGAUUCCUCAUUCAUCUACACAAUUGGACUGAUGCAGAGUGCGCCCUUCAAGAAAGAUCUGUUUUCAAUAUGGGCGCUGGUAUUGGUCAACCUCCGGUUCAAUGCUUGCUUCAUCUCAGCAUACGGCAUCCCUGACCAAGACAACAGCCGCAUAACCGAGGGCGCCAGGGUGAUGUCACUUCUAGGGGUGGCCUUCUUAAUCGGCACACAGAACAGUCAGUUUAAGCAUCCGAUCUGGGUGCUCUGGGCAAUGCAGCAAGUGAGAAGUAAAUACCUAAUAGUUGCAUACAAUAAAGCGACAGGAUCCUUCUUGCACGGUCGGAGCUCGCCACUUCUGACAGCAUAUAUGGGUACCGAUGCUGGUAUCUGUAAGGAGGGGAAUCCGACCACAAUGAACGAGUACAAGUACUUGGUCUCUGGAGAUCAGGAUCAGAAGGUCAAACUGCAGGCCCCUGAGUAUAAAUUUUAUCUGAAAGUUGAGUCAGAGGGAGAUCAGGAGCAGAAGGCGCCUUGGUAUAAAUUGUAUCUGAACCUUUCAAAAACAAUUUUUGGUCUGAAAGUUGAGUCAGAGGGGCGGUUCAUCACUCUUGAUAAGACUUGGGAGCAGCUCAAAAACCAGCAUUCAGACACCGAUGCAGGGGGCGGCCAACGAUCAUGGGCCAAAGACCUGUGCCUGUCCUUUGCACUAUACCGACUACUCCGUUGCAGAUUUGACGACUUACCCCUGCCAGACGAGAGCCUUACAAGCACCAGAAAAUUAAUGUAUGAAAUUAUUGGCAAGAAGGACGAAGAUUUGUCUACACAAACAGACCACCAUACUCAGGGAGCAUUCAACGGAGAUUUGCCUACACAAACAGACCACCAUACUGAGAGAGCAUUCAGCGGAGAUUUGCCUGCACAAACAGACCACCAUACUGAGAGAGCAUUCAGCGCAGAUUUGCCUGCACAAACAGACCACCACGCUGAGAGAGCAUUCAGCGCAGAUUUGCCUGCACAAACAGACCACCACGCUGAGAGAGCAUUCAGCGCAGAUUUGCCUGCACAAACAGACCACCACGCUGAGAGAGCAUUCAGCGCAGAUUUGCCUGCACAAACAGACCACCACGCUGAGAGAGCAUUCAGCGCAGAUUUGCCUGCACAAACAGACCACCAUGCUGAGAGAGCAUUCAGAGGAGAUUUGCCUGCACAAAUAGACCAUGCUGAGAGAGCAUUCAGAAUUGCUAAGUUGGAGCUUGCGUUCCUCAACGACUACUUCUACACAAGAUACCCCAUCCUUUUUUGGCGUGGCUUCCCACUGAUUUUUGCUUGGUACCCUCUCCUGACCAUUGCUCUCAUCGCUUGGCUUGGAAGGGACAUCCACAAACUCUACAAGCCUAAGGUGGGAGAAACUGCCCACGUCGUGCACGGGGUCAACGUUGAUCUCAUCAUCACAUGGAUAUUCAUGUGCAUUAUCGUGCUGAAGGAGUCUUGGAAGGUGGUCACCUACUUGCUGUCUGAUUGGACUAAGGUGAUGCUGCUGUGCGAAUACAGUUCGCGCACCCUGAAGUGUAUUCCACAGUGGCUGUGGGAGUUCUUGGUUCGGAUCUUGUGCACACCAAGAUGUAGAAUUGUGCGCCGUUGGCACAAUAAGAUCGGUCAGUAUGAAUUCUUGCAGUCAUUUGGUCACAAUCCUAGGAACAUUUUUUACUGGUUAAGCCUUGGCUUGGUCCCAAAAGAAAUUAGAGGUGCAAAAGUAGGCAGCCCAAUGGAGCUGCCAAGAGAUGUGAAAGCUGUCGUUCUCAAGUCACUUUGCUCUUUAGAUCUUAAGCAGAACUCACUAAAGUCAGACCUACCGACUGAUGUUAAGCAGUUCAACUUUGAGUGGACUUUCAAACUGCGGACAUGGUGCCACAGCAUUCUUGUGUGGCAUAUAGCAACAAGCCUGUGUGAGAUUGAGCUUGCUCAACGCUACAACACAAGCUUAACGACUUCUGAGUUACUGUGUGCAAUCAAGACUGCUCUCAAUUGUUUCUCCUCCCAGCCAUAUCUUAUAAAGGAAGACAGAAUUGAAGGGUGGCUCCGAGCUAAUUAUAUAGCCGCCAACAGUAUAUCACGCUACUGCGCCUAUCUGCUUGUUAUAGAACCAGAUUUGCUACCUGACAGUUUCUUAACUGCCGAUGACUUAUUCAGAUGCGCCGUCGAUGAGGCUUUAGAUAUUCUGAAGGGCUGUGACACCCUGCAAAGCAUAUACAGAAGGCUGGUACGAGGAAUUCCUCGGCAAGAUGACAGAAAAAUGGACAGACUAGAGACCCAUCCCAAUACGAUACUUGCGAGUGCUGCACGCCUUGCUUGGUCUCUGAUUCAUGAGAUCCCAGAUGAAGUAGUUCGCUGGAAGGUCCUCGCAGAAGUCUGGGCCGAUAUACUGGUACACACAGCCCCCUCAUGGAAUGCCUCAGCUCACAAGAAAUGCCUUGCAACAGGUAGUGAGUUCAUAACUCAUAUAUGGGUCAUUGUUUCUCAUUGCAACGUCCAGAGCAGUAAGCGCUGGCCAUAUCAAGAACCCCCACAGGAUGACGAUGACGACGACAACCAAGCAAGUGAACGGCAAGAAGUGGGAGCGCCAGCGCCAUCACAGGAACCGACUGUGGCUGGUGAUGGACUGUUGGCACAGGAAGGGCCAGCGAGGGUUCUGUCAAAUGGAGCACUACAAGAACAAGACCAAACAUCAAGUCCAACUAUAGGACAGCAUUUAACCACAAAUGGCCAACAACUUGCUCAGAAAGAAACAGAAGAACACAAUGAAAUACAAGAGGUCAGAGCCGAUUGGAAAGGAUGA